GAAGAAGGUUCUCCUUAGGGCUAUCUGGCAACACUGCAUGCACCAGCUGGGAAGGAGAGCACGACUCGCAACGCUACCAUAUUGUCGUACUCAGCCCCUUAUUUUCACCGAUUUCUGACCCCAAAAUUGUCUCCUGGGCCCCAAUAACGAGAUUCAUUCAUAGUUAUCGUUAAUAUAGUUAAUUCCUGAUGUUUCUUGCCAAUAGUUAUACCUCAGAAACCGGUAAAUACUGUGCUCCUGGGUACGAUAAUCUGGCAAGGGUGAGCACGAGCCAGCAUCACCUCUUCCGUUCUCCCUCCGCUAUCAUCAAGGCCUGACACACCGUCUGUCCAGUCUCUCCUGCUCCUCAACGCCUGCUCAGUGGACCCUCGUGCACGGGAAAGUGAAGUCAGCCACACUGAAGACCACAGCACCAGAAUAAUUGGGACAACCACCACCAAUGCUGGCUCUAAAAUGAGGGUCUGAUGUGGAUGCUGUACUGAGCGCUCGCUCCAGCCUUGCUGCCAUUGACUCUAGGACUCUUUGAUGCAUCCCUCACCUCGCCUGCUCGCUUGUUCUUUGAAGGUGGCAUUAGGGGAACCUUGCUGAUCACCCCAGCUUCCCUGAGGUUCCUGGAAGGCCAGUCAGCAUCCUGAGUGGCCAAGACCACCAGGAGCAGACUGUUACUGGUGUGGAGCUCAAGGGUGAUCAGAAGCACCACCUCUAUCACCACGUUGUUACUGUCAUCUGCGGCCAUAAAGGAAAGAGAAAGUUAGAGUGUCAGAAGAUUUGAGACUGAGAGCAAUGUCACUUGACACAGCCUUGCACACCUUGGUGAAAGAAAUCAUGAGUGCUGAGAGUGGGGGAAAAGACACUCUGGGAAGGAUGACCUCAACAAAUUCACCCACACUUUCUGAUGAAAUGAGUCAUGAAUGUUAUGAGUGUGGCAAAAAGUUUAGUAAUAAAAGUAAUCUCAAUAAGCACAUUAUUACACACUCCGGAGAAAGAAAUCAUGAGUGUGAAGUUUGUGGAAAACGUUUUACUAUGAAGGAUACCCUCAACAGACACACCCUUACACACACUGGUGAAAGAAAUCAUGAAUGUGAAGUUUGUGGAAAAAGCUUCAUUGAGAAAGGCACCCUCACCAGACAUAUUUCUAUUCACACUGGUGAAAAAAAUCAUGAAUGUGAACUUUGUGGGAAAAGAUUUAGGAUGAAGGUUCACCUCAACAGACACACCCUUACACACACUGGUGAAAGAAAUUACGAAUGUGAAACUUGUGGUAAAAGAUAUCUUGACAGUAGUUCUCUCAACAGACACAUCUUUAUUCACACUGGUAUAAGGAAGCCCAAAAUUCAUGAAUGUGGAUUUUGUGGAAAAAAAUUUAAUGAGAAAAGUAACCUUAACAAACACACACUUAUACACACUGGUGAAAAAAAUCAUGAAUGUGAAAUUUGCUGCCAAAGAUUCAGGCUGAAGGCUUCCCUCAACAGACACAUCCUUCUUCACAAAGGUGAAAAAAAUCAUGAAUGUGAAGUUUGUGGAGAAAGAUUUGUUGAUAAAAGCUCCCUCAACAGACAUGUUCUUAUUCACACCGGUGAAAAAAAUCAUGAAUGUAAACUUUGUGGAAAAAAAUUUACGUUAAAGGUUCACCUCAACAGACACACCCUUACACACACUGGUGAAAGAAAGUACAAAUGUGAAAUUUGUGCUAAAACAUUUAUUGAGAAGGCUCAUCUUAACAAGCACAUGCUUAUUCACACUGGUGAAAAUAAUCAUGAAUGUGAAGUUUGUGGAAAAAAAUUCAACGGGGAGGGUCAUCUCAAGAAACACACCCUUACGCACACUGAUGAAGGAAAUCAUGAAUGUGCAGUUUGUGGAAAACAAUUCAGUAAAAAGAAUAACCUCAACAGACACACCCGUACACACACUGAUGAAAGAAAUUAUGAAUGUGAAAUUUGUGGAAAAAGCUUUACUAAGAAAGACACCCUCAACAGACACAGUGUCACACACAACGGUGAAAAAAAUUAUGAAUGUGAAGUUUGUUUGAAAAGAUUCAGUCGCAAGAAUAACCUGAAGCAGCACACCCUUACACACACUGGUGAAAAAAAUCAUGAAUGUGAAGUUUGUGGGAAAAGAUUUCUUGAGAAGGGAAGUCUCACCAGACAUAGCAUUACUCACACUAGGGAAAGAAAGUAUGGAAGAAUUUAUGAAUGUGAAAUUUGUGGGAAACAAUUAAGUCAGGAGAGUCACCUCAACAUGCACAUUCUUACACACACUGAUGAAAUAAUUCAUAAAUGUGAGAUUUGUGGCAAAAGAUUUACUGAGGAGUGUGCACUCAACAGACACACCCUUACACACAGUGGUGAAGGAAAUGAAGCACCGCGUGUGAGGAGGAAAAAACGUGACAGGAAGCAAGCUCCUAGAAAAAUGCAUUAAAAGUUUGCCAAAGAAAUUCUAAGUAUAAUUUCAUUUUCAACUUGAAACAUCAUCACAUUGUAUUUUGAAGGUCUCUGUGUAGCUAAAGGCAUGGUCACACAAGCUAGUUUCUCUGGGGUUUUCUGCCGAGAUUCAAAGUUGGCAAAAUUUUAGUCAAAAUCUUGGCCACCAGCAAGUCCUUUUUUUUUUUUUUUUUUUCCCCCCAAGGUCAGCAAGUUGUGGUCACAAGAAGAAGAGUGUCAUAGACAAUCCCAUUUGUGUGCUCUGCUUCUGUAUAUAUGGAGUAACCAGGUUGAGUAGUUCUUGGAACUGAGGCUUGUCUAAGCACACCCACUGCCUCAUCGUGUCUGGGUCCUCAUUGCUAAGCUCUCGUAGCAACCUGUAACACUCUCCCUUUGCCUACGAGCCAACCAUUCACAAGUUCAUGGGCUUUUCUCUUUUCAUUUCUUUCUUUUCUUUAGCAAACCCCACAAAGGAAUAGCUACAACAUCUUGAUCCAUUGUUUUGCUUCUUUUCAGCUGACAUUUCCCAGAAUGCAACAGUCCUCCAUGUGACCAAACGAGAAUAAAUUCACGGGAGAAAAUUUCAGCAGAAAACUCAAAAGAGAAACUAGCUUGUGUUGACUGUGCCUUAAAGCUACUUUCUGACCAUGAAUGAAAUUUAGUACCUUUGCCCAUGAGUAUACUCAUGCUUCAAGGUACAAGAAUAAAAUGUUAUACAGUUAUUGUUA